GGUUCGUAUGCCGUGCCCUCUCUCGUCCUCGCACCUCUCUGGCGCAUUAUACGUGCGCACAUAGCACGCUGCAUGUGCAUCGGCACGACGCAGCAGGCGGCCGGGUGCGCCGCGCUCAUCCUGGCGCGGCAAAAUCGCUCGGCCUGGCCAGAAAGGCUCUGCCAAGGAGCGACACAGAGAUGGCGGUCGCGCAUGUCUCUCGCCUUGAUAGCGAGAGCGUCAACGCAUGAAGAGCGGGAAAGACUGCAGCCCUUAGGGAAGCGCUGGCUGCGUCUGGGCUGCGCCUGGGAGAGGGCGGCGAGAAGCGACGCGCAGGGUGGAACCGGGCCGGCGAGAGCGGAGGCGUGCGCGCAGGCAUGCCGCAGCUGCUGCCAGUGCUCUGCCAUCUUCAUUCUCGCUCCGCACCACCAUCACAUCGUACGUGCCACUGACCUCGAUUCUCGUUCAGAUGUCGCAAUCCGUGCAGUGCUUCGGCAAGAAGAAGACGGCCACGGCCGUGGCCCACGUCAAGGAGGGCAAGGGCCUCAUCCGCAUCAACUCGCAGCCCAUCGCGCUCGUCGAGCCGGAGAUCCUGCGCUUCAAGGCCUACGAGCCCGUGCUGAUUGUCGGCGAGGACAAGUUCGCCGGUGUUGACAUCCGCGUGCGCGUCUCGGGUGGUGGCCACACCUCGCAGGUGUACGCCAUCCGCCAGGCCAUUGCCAAGGGCCUCGUUGCGUACUACGCCAAGCACCACGACGCCGCCUCCGCCCUCGAGCUGCGCCAGCAGUUCGUCGCCUACGACCGCACGCUCCUCGUCGCCGACCCGCGCCGCAUGGAGCCGAAGAAGUACGGCGGCAAGGGUGCCCGCGCCCGUCGCCAGAAGUCGUACCGUUAAAGCACCUGCGCUGCCCGCGUCGGAAUGCCAGCGCGGUUCCGAUGCGCCAAUGCUAUGCCUUGACACGUCAUCUCCUUCCUAUCUGCACUUUUUCUGGGUCUUCCUCGACACACACACACCACACACAUCUCACGCAUGUACACCACGCUUCCCCAAAAGCGGCAGAUGCAACGCCCGAG